AUAACGGAAUUAGGGUUAUGUUUUACCCUCAAUUCCAGAUUUGCUAAAUUAAUGGUACCAAAUUCUACUUUUACAAGUAUUGUUUCAUCUGAUACGUGGAAAAAUAAACGAGGAAAUUUGAAAUGCCAUUAUCUAAAUGGUUUAUGUUAUGCAAGAUAUGAUUCUGAUCCGAACCGUCCAAUAUGGUAUCACAUUCACUCUCACUUGGAAAUUAUACAUGCAACCUCGGAAAUACCUACCUUAGUGAAGCAAAGUGAAGAAUAUGAAGUGAAUUAUAAGUUGGCUGAAACAUAUUCCCUGAACGAUAUUCGGUAUCUUACACCCCAGCAAAGAAAAUGUCGAUUUGAAGAUGAACCUCUAACAAAUGACGUCCCUGUUUAUAGCAACAGUAUUUGUACAAUGGAAUGCCGAUACAGAUUGGCCAUGGAAAAGUGUGGAUGUAGACCAUUUUUCUAUCCCUUUUUAUACGGCAAAAUAUGUAAUUUGGAUGGACUAUUAUGCCUGGCUAAAAUAUCAUAUUUAUUUAACAACUCAACUGAAACGUUUGGAUGCAGUUGUCCCCAACCUUGCAAUUUAAUGGUUUAUCUUAAACAGGUUCCUAAAAUAACGCAAUGGGCGCAAGAGUUCUUUGAUCAAAGAAUUACGUUUAGAUGGGGAUUAUUAUCACCUACCACCAAAUAUCAUAGGAAAAUUAUUUUCGGAUUUCAAGAGCUGAUAGUAUCUUUUGGAGGAGCAUUGUCAUUAUUCUUGGGACUGAGCGUGAUAAGCUGUUUUGAGACUGUUUAUUUGGUAAGUGAAUCAUUUUACCACAGUUUGCAACGACGCAUUGCGAGGAAAACUAAUGACGUUGCAGCAUAAUAAGACAAAUAUGGCAUUCAAUAGUCGUAUAAAAUGUUUAAAUAGCUGAAUUUUAAACAAGUUAGAUCACUUUAUGUUUUUGGGAAAAUAAUGUAAUUUUAGAUAUGCGUUAUAAUUAGAUUUUUGGAUGCCACUUUAGCAAUGUGUUAUUUAUUGAUGUAUUGUACCAGUAAAUAUAAAAGAAUUAUUUAAAUAAAAAAGUACAGAUAAUUUAAGUAAGAAAUAAGUAAUCGUAUAGCCGCUUUUGGUAACAAUUUUAAGAUAUGAAAGUUUUAUUCUGUAUGUGAUUAGCAAACUCACUUAUUUCUUAUAAAUUAAGGCCCUCACAUGUUACCGUCGUAUUAAAAAUUGUCUCAUCUUGUUAAUAAAAUUGCAUAUUACAGA